AUGGCAGGCAUUUUCGAGGCGCCGCGCAACGCGGACACUCUUUUCUUGGGUGGACAGAAAAUAACUGGCGCUGAUGUCCGCGAGCAGAAUGUCCUUGCGACUCAGGCUAUUGCAAAUGUUGUCAAGAGCUCCUUUGGUCCUUCUGGUCUGGACAAGAUGAUGGUGGACGACAUAGGGGAUGUGACUGUAACCAACGAUGGUGCCACUAUUCUGAGUUUGCUCGACAUCGAACACCCUGCUGGGAAGAUCCUCGUUGAUCUAGCUCAACAACAGGACAAGGAGGUCGGAGACGGCACCACUUCCGUCGUUCUCAUUGCUGCCGAGCUUUUACGACGAGCAAACGAGUUAAUGAAGAACCGUAUCCACCCCACCACUAUCAUCAAUGGCUACCGACUAGCCCUCAGAGAAGCUGUCAAGUAUAUGAAUGAGAACAUCACCACGAAAGUCGACACUCUAGGAAAGGACAGCCUGGUCAACAUUGCCAAGACUUCUAUGUCGAGCAAGAUCAUUGGCGCGGACGCGGAUUUCUUCGCCAACAUGGUCGUUGAUGCCAUGUUGCUGGUGAAGACCACAAAUCAGAAGAAUGAGGUUAAAUACCCAGUCAAGGCUGUGAAUCUGCUCAAGGCUCACGGAAAGAGCGGCACGGAAUCUAUGCUCGUCAAGGGUUAUGCACUCAAUUGUACCGUCGCUUCACAAGCCAUGAAGACCCGGAUAACUGACGCAAAGAUCGCUUGUCUCGAUAUGAACUUGCAAAAGGAGAGAAUGAAGCUUGGCGUUCAGAUCACGGUUGAAGAUCCUGAUCAACUAGAGAAGAUCCGAGAGAGAGAGUCUGGCAUUGUUCUUGAGCGGGUAGAGAUGAUCCUCAAGUCUGGAGCAAAUGUCAUUUUCACAACUAAGGGUAUCGACGACAUGGUUCUUAAGCUCUUCGUCGAAAGGGGCGCCAUGGCUGUCAGACGCUGCAAGAAGGAGGAUCUGAGACGGAUUGCCAAGGCCACUGGAGCUACCUUGGUAAGCUCACUCUCUGACCUCAACGGCGAUGAGAAAUUCGACGCAUCAAACCUCGGGUACGCAGAGGAAGUUGUGCAGGAGAGGAUAUCAGACGACGAGUGUAUUCUGGUCAAAGGAACUAAGGUCCACACCUCGGCCUCAAUCAUCCUCAGAGGGCCCAAUGACUACAGCUUAGAUGAGAUGGAGCGUUCGGUUCACGAUUCUCUUUGCGCCGUCAAGCGCACUCUUGAGAGUGGUAGCAUCGUUCCUGGAGGUGGUGCCGUCGAAACGGCGCUCCAUAUCUACCUUGAAGAGUUUGCAGUCACAGUGGGUUCUCGGGAGCAGCUAGCUAUCGGUGAAUUCGCCCAGUCUCUUCUCAUUGUUCCCAAGACACUGGCAGUCAAUGCCGCCAAAGAUUCGUCUGAGCUCGUUGCCCAGCUCCGGAGCCGCCACUGGGCCUCUCAGCGCAUCGAAGAAAGCCCCGCCAACAAGGACGAUAAGGCUAUCGCCAAGAAGAAGAACUACAAGAACUAUGGACUUGAUCUGACCAAGGGACGAGUCCACGAUUGCAUCAAGGCAGGUGUCUUGGAACCCAGCAUGGGUAAGGUCAAGCAGUUCAAGAGUGCUGUCGAGGCCUGCAUAGCCAUCAUGCGUAUCGAUACCAUGAUCAAGCUGGACCCUGAAAGGAAGGAGGAUGAUGGACACGGUCACUAA